AUGCCGUCGGAUCUGCCGCGCCCUUCGGCGAGCGCUUCAGCGGCGCGAGGUGGCAAGAAGUCCAAGAAGAUCGACAGGCGCCCGCACGGUAUGCCCAAGGGCACUGACGCCCUCGCCCUCGCCGGGGCCGGCUCUGCAUCCAUGUCUUCAGGACCUGUAUCUGUCCGUCUCGGUGCGCCUUCCGCCGAUCAGCAGAGCCGAUCUCAUGCUCGACAACAGUCAGGCCAGAGUCUCAAGCUCGAUCUGCAAGGCCUCGAUCUUGGUGGCGAUGCCGGUCCCAGCUCGAGGCCCUUGGGUGGCGAGGGCGAUGCCUUUGCCGCCCAGUCGUCCAGCGCCAGCCCCACGUCUACCUUUGACGCCCACCUCCGCUCGCAGUCUGGUGGCCUGCACCCUUUCGCACGGAGCCCUCACCUCUCCGGCGCUCCCUUCAUGCACCGCAGCUCUUCGGAAGACAUGAUCAGCCGAGGAGCGCCGCCCAACGCCGCGAUCACCGCCGGCGCGAUACCCGAGGACAGCUUUGCGCUUCAUUUGCGAUCAGAGUGCGUCGACUUCAACGAGAUCCUCUCGUCGAACGCAGUGCUUCGCGCGGAGGCAGGCGAUUCUGCGGAUUCAAGCUCCGUGGCCUAUGACUCGGCACUGGCCUGGCAGCCGCAGCAGCCAGACAACCAGGUGCUCGGUGGAUUUGCCAGCCUCGGCGUAUCUGACGCAUCUUCGGACGUCGUGGCCGCAAAGCAGCGCCGCGAACCGCUGCAGCCGCGAAGCCGCGUGAAGAACCGCUUCGACCCUUCGCCGGACAGCUCUGCAACGCCGUCCGACAUUGAGGAGGGAUCGGGCGUCUUUCCCUUUGAGGAUCCAACAUCGGCUGCAGCAGCCACAGCGGCGGCGGCGCGGUCUCUCUGCUGGGCCUACCUGUCACCGGAGCCGGCCGAUCCGCUCAAGAUGCUCGACGUCCUCUCGAUUGAAGAAAUGGGACUGCACUCUGUCGACAUCGGCAACCUCGAUGACUGGGAUGGCCACCUCUAUUCGGCCGACUUUGUCUGCCCGCAGACGAACAGGUACAACAAGAUUGCGUGGUCGGUGGCGACCAGCUUCAAGCGGCAGAAGAAGUGGGUCGUGGUGCCCGAGUCCUUCUGCGCCCCAGAGAUGGGGCUCAGCUGCGACGACCAGGGCUUCCGCACCGUCGUUGUCAGCGACCGCCUGGGACCAUCGGACGAGAUCCCCGGCCUCGCCCUGCGAUCGACGUUCGCCAGGGCCGCAUUCGAUCUCGGGUUCCUGCGCAAGCCCUCUGGCUCCUUUUCGUCGACUCUGCUGCUGGCCAGGCCCGACGUGCAUCGCCUCCGCUUCGCCCAGCACCGCAUCCGCACCGACAGCGCGCGCACCAGCGACAUCGACAGCUGCCCGACCUCGCCGGGCACGAUUUCGGUGCACAGCGAGUCCAAGAUCCUCCCCUUCUACCCCGUUCUUCGGCGUUCGCGGUCGCGGCCCUACAUCCGCGACCACACUCAGACGUUGCGGCGAUCGCGAUCCAAGCCCUACCUCAAAACGAGCGACAGCCACCUCGGCAGCGGCAUCGGGAUCGGCGACGCGGCAGACCUCUUUGCCCCCUCGCUGCCUGGAGAGCCUGGCGCACAGUUUCAACCGGGCGAGCACUGGCCCUCGGCGCGUCCGCCCGCCUCGCCUUUGGGAUCUGCCGGCAGCUCCCGCUCAAGCAGCGGAUCGCACACGUCGCAGUCGUCGGUCGGGCCGGUCACGACGAGCUACAGCCAGGCCUCGACCUGCGGCAUGUCCGAGGCGCCCGUCUCGGAGUCGGUCCGCAGCAAGACGUCGGUCGCAUCGCCGGCCUCGCCUCGGACGCCUUCGUCGGCGGGCCUCCAGGGUCAGGAGAGCCUGUUCGCCGGGCAUUGCCGGUCGCCCUUUGAGGCGGCGAGCAGCUUGGCGGUCCGGCCCAUGUCGGCAGACGACGCUCCCCCUCCGACCUUUGCCGACCUCGGCACGCAGCAGAAGCACAACACGCAGCAACGCGACCAGCAGCGGUUCCCGGGCUUCCCGUCCGAGGGACUUGUCCGGCGCUCGAUGCAGGUCGACGAAGAGCAGCGCUGCCGGAGGACGGCGCACAGCCACGGCAUGCUGCUUCCGAGGGAUGUCGCCCUCUCUCGCAUCCGGACGGCCGAGUCGGUCACGCCGGGUAGCAUCUCGGCCAGGAGCGCAUCGACGUCGGCCGCGGUCGUCAAUGCCAACGCCCGGUCGCCUGCUGUCUCUGUUCCGAGCCAGUCGCAGUCGCAACGCAGGGACCGCAAGAUCGGCACUUGGUUCAAGAGGAAGGUCGGCGGCUCGCAGAGCGUAUCGUCCGCUUCGAGCAGAGGGCUGAGCCCACCCAGCUGCCCCGCCGGUGACGGCACCCGCGGUCCAGCAGCCAUGGUGCCGCUGUCGUCGUCGGCGGCGGCAGCGGCGGGCCCAUCGGCACCCAGGACCAACCCGAACCGAGCCAUGGCCCUGACCCGCAAGGCGCUCGAGCAGAUCGAGGCGCUGGUGGAGCGUCCCGUCUCACCGGAAUCGACCAUCAUGGGCUCCCGCCGAGGUUCGGCGUGCGUGGCAGGCCAGGCGCACGCCGACGCGACCAGUAGCCCCGGCAAGGGGACGGCCGCAGUGUCCCGCGAGAGCCAUGAGCUCGCCGACGGACCGGCGGGCCGAUCUCAGAAGGCGCAAGCGCCCCCUGCCGACGUGCACGGUGUGUCCAUGUCGCUGCCCGCCAACUCCGCGUCCGGAUCGGAGCGUCUGAGCAUGAUGCAGUCGAGGGCCGCCGUCAACGCCUCGCUGGCCCGCAUCUAUGGCUGGACUGACGAUGCGCAGGGCAACUCGCUCGACACGACGCGCUCGGCGGACGCAGGCGCGCUCAGCCUGGCGUCGGCUACCACGAUUGCCAAGGUGCCCCGCCGUCUCGAGGCGCGACCGCCGCGUCCCCGCAACACUGACGACGAGAACGCGCUGCUCGGGCUGGACCGGGUGUCUGCCGAUGCGCUGACGAUGCUGGUGCCCCUGCCCUUGAUCGGCCGUCCCGCCAACAUGCCGGCUUCGAGGUACAUGCGGAUUUCGUUUACGCCCUUUGGCGACCCGUCGCCGCACUCAGAGUGCGGCAGCGCAGGCUCGGCCGCGUUUGGGCUCGACAGCGGAUCGACCGACCGCGAGCUUGCGGCCAACCCGAUCGGCGCCCGGGCCCUCCCGACGGGCACAUCGAAUGGCAGCGGCACGGGCCACCGACAGCAGCAGCAUGGCCAGGGCGAGCCGCGCUCCGGCCACUCUUCGUCGUGGUACCGACGGCUGGGCUUCAAUUCGUCUUCGCGCCACUCGACAUCGUUUGCGCCGUCGAGCAACCGACAUGGAGCUGCAAAGGACGCCGCCGCCGCCACCAUCGCCGCCUCGCAGCCGCCUGUGCGCAAGCCAGCUCGCUCGCGGACCACGUCCAACAUCGAGAGCUUCCGCAUCGCCGGCCAAGUGCUCGAUGCUCCGGACGUGGACCACUCCAACAGCCUCGUUGACCCUCGCAUCCCGCGCGCCGGUUCGUUCCCCGUCGUCCUCGGCUUCUGCGAUGGCCGGCGCGGCCUCGAGCUGGUGCAGGAAGGCUUCGAGGCGCUGGGCCUCGUCGGAGGACCCGAGGUGCACGCGGUGCAGGGCAGCGGCGACUGCCCGCCCCUGGCUGGCGUCACCGACAUGAUUAUUGCCGCCUGCGCCGCCAUCAUCGACAUCUGA